AUGUCUAUCACAACAGAAAUGACUUCAGCCGAAGUCGAAAUCCCCAAGUUGUCGAUCGUGGUCGAGUUCACAGGUGGCCUUGAGAUGCUAUUUUCAGAUCAGCGCCGGCAUUCGCUGUCUAUACCAGCUACUAAUAAGGAGGGCAAGCCGAUAACGAUCGCUGGCCUGAUCGAUUAUCUGUGCGAGAAUACUAUGAAAGACACCCGGAAAGAGCUCUUCGUGCUCGAAGAUCAUCUGCGGCCUGGUAUCCUUGUCUUGAUCAACGAUGCCGACUGGGAGCUAGAGGGCGAGGAGGCUUACGAAAUCCAGGCAGGGGACAACAUCCUAUUCGUCUCUACGCUACAUGGCGGAUAA